AUGAGCCAAAAUUCGCAACCAAAAAAAAUAAUGAUCCAAAAUAGAAAAAAUAAAAAUACUGAAAAAGCUGUUGAAGAGAUUGCCACACCAAUUCAUGAGCGAGCUCAAACUACUAAUAUUAAUAAAAGUUCGUCCAAUAUCCAACAAGCUGUUAAAGGGACUGCCACUCUAAUUCAUGAGCGAGCUCAAACUACUAACAUCAAUAAAAAUUCGUCUAAUACUCAACAACCAUUUGCUACGCCAAGUCAUGAACGAGCUCAAAGUGUAAAAGAGAGAUAUAAAGAUCUUCGGCUUCCGGAUUCGUCCAAUACUCAACCACCAUCUGCUGCACCAAGUCAUGAACAAGUCCAAAGUGUAAAAGAGAGAUAUAAAAAUCUUCAGCUUCCGGUCAGAUAUCAAACUAAUGAAUCUACCCGUGAUGAUGAUGAUGCAUCAACAGCUGUCAUUGCCACUGAAAUAGCUCGCUUACGAGAAGAUAACAAAUUUUUUGCUGGUGUUAACGCAGAAUUCAGUUCUGAAAAUGACGACUUAAAAGAAGAGGUUAACGAAUUAAAAACGAAACUCGAACAAUACCAGAUACGAUCAUCAUCUGAAAGCCUUGAUGUUAUUGAUGUUCCAGAAGAACAGUUAGCAAAACAGUUCAAAUCAGAUGGGUCAAAAAAAGGAAAGAAGACGGUACACUACGCUGAAAAUCAACCAAAAGAAGAACAAGAAGAACAACGUGAAAAGGAGGCGAGAAAAAAAUUGCGUCGAAUUAAGGCUGCAAAGGAUCUUUAUAGGAAAAGUGACGAAAGAAUAAUUGGUUAUGAAAAACGCCAAUUAUUAAAAAUGUUGGCAAAUCGAUCUUACCACUCGCCGGAAAUCAGUGAGUCAGAUGAAGAGAAUCCAGAUAAGACGAUCCUAAAAAAUUUACUUCGAAACGUCAUCGACUCACAUUCGGCAGAUAUUCAAACGGCAAAAUUACAACGACCUCGCCAGUAUGAUGAUGAAGUUCAACACUUCUACCGAAUGCACCCUGAAGAUGCUCCACAAUGGUCAUAUGUCGAGCAAGAGGAUUUUAUAUAUGAUACGGAAAUCGAUAGUAGAAGUAGUUUCGACGAAGAUGAAGACUAUGGUGAAGAAACGGAAGAGGUGUUAAUCGAUAGUCAAAAAAGUGCAGCCGGUGAUGAUUUAGCUGAAUGAAGCGGGACUAUCGAUUACAUUUAUUUUAAAUUUUUUUUUU